CAGGCCCCCACUUCUCGCAUUUCCUGGGCUCCCGAUGGUGAGCCCCCUUUCUUGAAGUUGGCCUUUCCUUCUGACACUUGGUCUCUGGACUACCUCUCCUGGAGGAACAAAGAGAACCACAGCCUUCAACUUUAGAGUUGACCCUUUCCUCUAGGCCAUUCUGCCUUUCUCAUCGCGACCAAAGACUUCCCUAAGAUCAACCACCUCAUGCAAUGCAUUAGGAGGACACCAAGAAGAAAACCCCUAUUUCCUAUGAUCCCCUCUGAGUUUUGCAGAGAGACAUAGGAUUAAAGGCAGACAGACUAUAGUUAAACAAGAGGAUGGAAGAAUUUGCUGAGAAUUUAACAACAACCCGAAGUGUCAAACUAAGUAGUGCAUGGUUGGAUCUUCUCAAAACUGUGUUUCUGAGCACUCCGGAGGACCUCCCUCAAAUUAUCUUGAUUCUAUCUUUGAUCUACACUACUGGAGCAUUUUUGAACAUGCAUCUGAAAGAUUUCCCAGUUCCUCUUCCUGUGAUAUUAUUUGUAAUUGGAUGCUGUUUUGAAAUUCUGAGUUUUGCAUCUACUCAGAUCCAGAUAUAUGCAGAUGUCAUACAGUGGAUGGAUCCAGACUUGUUUUUUGGUAUAUUUACGCCAGUAAUUAUCUUUAAUGUUGCAUUUGACAUGGAUGUAUAUAUGUUCCAGAAGUUACUAUGGCAGAUACUCUUAAUUACAAUUCCUGGAUUUGUGAUGAAUUAUACCUUAAUCCUUUGGUAUCUGCAAUCUGUGAAUAAAUUGACUUUGAAGACUGUACCCUGGUUACUAUUUUCAGCUGUUCUUGUAAGUUCAGAUCCUAUGCUGACUUCAGCCUCCAUCAGAAACCUCGGUCUUUCUAGAAGCCUCGCAAACUUAAUUAAUGGGGAGAGUCUAAUGACUUCAGUUAUAUCCUUAAUUAUGUAUAGUGGUGUUGUGAAAAUAAACUUCAAGGCCAAACAGACAAACCAUACCCUAGCCCAUAAUGUCAUAGCUACAGCUUGGGAAUAUCUUGUGGAAAGCUUCUUGUUUGGAAUCCUAAACACAAAACUGAUUCAGCUAUGGAUGUCUACCGUUUUUGGUGAUGAUGUCAAUCACAUCACUCUUGUCUUUUCGGUUCUCUAUCUCAUCUUUUACGUUUGUGAGAUAAUUGGAUUGUCUGGAAUAUUUACUGUGACCACCGUGGGACUUUUUCUAAAUUCUACAAGUUUUAAACCAGGAGUUGAAGCAUUUCUCAUUGAAUUCUGGAAUUGUCUGUCCUUCAUUAGUUUUCUUACGGUGUUUACAUUCAUUGGACUUCUAAUCCCUGCACACACGUAUUUAUACAUAUCAUUUUCUGAUGUUUAUUAUUCAUUAAAUAUCUACUUCACCCUGAUUGUUUUAAGACUUCUGGUCUUUCUACUAAUGAGUCCCAUUUUAUCUCGACUUGGUCAUGGCUUCAGCUGGCGCUGGGCAUUCAUCAUGGUCUGGAGUGAAAUGAAAGGCAUACCGAACAUAAACAUGGCCCUCCUGCUUGCCUACUCUGACAUUUCUCUCGGUUCUGAGAAGGAAAAAUCUCAAAUAUUAUUUCAUGGAGUGUCAGUAUGCUUGAUUACCCUGAUUGUCAAUAGAUUUAUUUUGCCAAUGGCAGUUACUAAAUUAGGUCUUCGUGAUGUAACAUCAACAAAACAGAAAUCGGUUUAUUACACAUUCCAACACUUUCAAGAGCUAACCAAGUCUACAGCCACGGCACUCAAAUUUGACAAAGAUCUUGCUAAUGCUGACUGGAACAUGGUUGAGAAGGCAAUUAUACUUCAAAAUCCAUAUGCAUUGAACCAAGAAGAAACAGCAGAGCGUCAGAAGGUGAAAUGUCCAGACUGCAACAAGGAAAUAGAUGAGACCCUCAACACUGAAGCAAUGGAGCUGGCCAACAGGCGUCUCCUGUCAGCACAGAUAGCCAGCUACCAAAGACAGUACAGGAAUGAGAUUCUGACCCAGAAGGCAGUGCAGGUGUUGGUAGGCGCAGCCGGAAGCUUUGGUGAGAGGAAGGGAGAAUAUUUGAGUCCUGAGAACAUAAAGAAUUAUUCUGAAGGCAAAAAAGUCCUCUCCUUCUUUAGAAAAUUACUUCUCAACUGGGUGUACAAUACUAAAAAGGAUAAAGGGGUUCCAUCAAGAUAUUUGCUUCUUCAAACAUGCCAUAAAAUAGUCUUUGCAGAUGAAUUUGAGUACACUGGUUACCUUGCUGUAUUAAUGAACAUAUAUCCUUUGAUAAUCUGUUGGAUAGCCCGCUUAAAUGACAUCUAUGAAGAUGAAAUAAAGUGUGCUAACUACUAUUUUCUUACCUUUUAUAUUCUAGAGACUCUACUUAAGGUGGCAGCAAUGAGGAAAGAAUUCUUUUCGCACUCCUGGCUCCUGUUUGAGCUGGGCAUUACCUUAAUCGGCAUCAUAGAUUUAAUACUUACAGAAACAGGCUCCAUUAGUUACGACUAUGAGUUAGAUGAGACUGUGAUCUUCAUGAACACAGUUCGACUCCUUCGUGUCCCGCGCAUCUUGAAGCUCAUAACACCAAAGCUGCUGCAAAUAAUAGACAAAAGGUUGAGCCAUCAGAUGUCUUUUCGGUAUGCUAUACUAAAAGGCUAUGUCCAAGGGGAAAUGGAUGUACUGAAUAUAAUCGAUCAGAUUGCAAGUUCCAAACAGGCUAAACAGAUACUGUUAAAGCGGGUAAUGAGGAAUUUGGAACGUGCCAUGAAAGAGCUAGGCUACUUAGAGUAUGAUCAUCCAGAAAUCGCUGUCACUAUGAAAACCAAGGAGGAGAUUAAUGUCAUGCUCAAUAUGGCUAAAGAAAUUGUCAAGGCUUUCAGGUCCAAAGGAAUUUUACAUAAAAUGGAAGGUACUGAAAUUAAUAAGUUAAUCAUGGCCAAAAAGAUAGAGGUGCUUGAUCUGCAGUCUGUCAUCCAGCCUCUCAACAUUGAGAUAUCCCCAUAUUAUAUCCCCUGGCUUAAUAAAGAUAGCCAGUCCUUAAGGUUUAUUCAGGAAAAAGCAAAAAUUGUAACAUUUGACUGUGGAAAUAACAUAUUUGAAGAAGGUGAUGAGCCAGAAGGGAUCUAUGUAAUUAUUUCAGGCAUGGUCAAGCUUAAAAGGUCAAAGCCACAGCCGGGGAUAGAAAGAGUGCCCUCGGAAUCAGAUAUUAAAUCUUCCCCACCACUUUACACAGAAUAUUUGCUCAGUGGGGAAAUAAUAGGAGAGCUAAACUGCUUGACUAAAGAACGGAUGCAAUAUUCUGCCACCUGCAAAACUGUUGUGGAGGUUAGUGAAACAUAUUUCAUUCCCAUUAGCCACUUGUAUGAAGGCUUUGAAAAAAGAUGUCCUAACUUGAAACAUAAAAUAUGGCAAAAAAUUGGACUUGCCAUCACUGCCCAAAAGAUCCGGGAACACUUGUCUUUUGAGGACUGGAACUACAAGAUGCAGUUGAAACUCUGCAAUGUCUUCAUCAGGGACAUACCCGAGAACACAAAAACUGACAUCUAUGAUGAGACCGUAACCCAUGUUGUCCUAAUCCAUGGAUCUGCGGAAGACUGCCAGUUGCGAAAAAUUUAUAAAGCACCUUUCCUAAUUCCUGUGACAUGCCACCAGAUACAAGGCACAGAAAAGUUCACAAAAGUAAUGAUUAUUCAAACUUCAGUUGCUGUAAGAAAAUUCAGAUGGAAUGUAAAAAAGUAUAUACCACCUCGGAGAAUUUCAUUGAAACCAGAUUUUAAAGAAGAAUCACUUGAAACACUAGAAGAAAGCUCUGAAGAUGAGAAGAGCAUUAAGGAAAAGACCGACGAAAAUGAUGAAUCCUCGAAGACAGUAUUAACAUCCCAGAAACAACCGGUAAAGAAGGGUCAGCAAACUGCCUAAGCUUCUCAACAUGACCAUGAAAACCUGUAUUUCCACAGAUAGAGACAAGCCAAAGUUCAUGUGCCCUCUGUGUGAUGGUGUGAAUUAAAGAACCACCCACUAGCCAA